AUGUAUCCACCACCAGAAGAUGUUUGGGCAAAGUGGCGCUCGGAAAGGGAAAACGCACUUAUACAGAAAAGAUCUGCAUGCUCAGGCCAUACAGCUACGGUGUGUCAAAAGUAUCUUGUGGAGCCGACCCGCGGUGUACAGACACCCAAGCCACAAGACCCACGAGGCCACUUGACGUUUCUUCCCGCGAAGGGUGCUCCACCAUUUCGCAAUUUUCCCUUCGACGAAUCAAAUGUCAAUAACCCAGCAUAUCAUGAAGGAGAGAAUCACAGACCACCUUCUUCAGCAGCGAGAAUCCGAACAGCAACGAUCUGGGAAGCACACAAACAACGUGCCCUUCUCACUCGGCAAAAAGUGGAACCUCUCCAGUUCUCGCUGAAAAAAGAUUCAGGCGAAGUGACACGGGUUUCGACUUCAUGUGGGGAGAGCCACCAGCCUGCGCUCGAAAGGUUCCUGCCAAACGGAGAAGCGACCCAGCCGCCGAAGGCCUUGAAGGUCGAUCGUCGAGAUCGCAACGUGUUGGAGUCUCUCGCAUCGUGGUAUAAAAUGAGAUAUGAGAAAAUGGAAGUUCACGAACCUUUUUAUUCGAGCCACAGAGCAUCAGAGUUCGCUAAUCGGGACGCAGAAGACGCUGAAUCUGAAAGAGAAGAAAACAAUUUUCUCCCUCAGACUUGGGCGGACUUCGUCCGAGAGCCUACGCCCUCUCACUCGCCCUGUAGGGUUACGGAAGCAAGUGUAGGACACUCCGCUUUCCGACCACCAGCCUCGCCGCGCAGCUCUGCGCUGAAGCGCACUGAGGCUGAGGCGCGUUCCCGCGCGUUUCUCCCCUCUUCUCGCAGAAUUCGAAACGGCGGAGAAGCACGAGGUGCAGACAAGGGAGAAGGAGACACGCCAGAGGGAAUGCGUGGAGAGUCUGUUGAGGUCGGAGCGUCUUCUGCUUUCAGAGGUCUAAGCCGAGAGGCGGCACACGACCCUGUGGCCUAUGAGAAGCAACAGACGAAAAAAAGCCGGGGAACUGGGGAGACGAUAUCAGGACGCGACGGUUCUCGACAGGUUUGCACUGUCAGCGGAGAACUGUGGCAUUUCCCUGUAUCGCGACAGUCCUCAUUCUCACCUGGUCCCCGGUUACUGGAGACAGAAGGCAGGAGACACUCCAGCCUCUCAGUCACCCCACUGUCGCGCUGCUGCUUCACCUUCCCCUGUACAUCUCCAGCUGUAUGGAAACGCAGGCUGCUGGCGUAUGUCGGCCCCGUGACGUUUUCCUCGCCUUGGAAGUCUCACUUUGAGAAGAAAAGUGGCUCGGGAAUCGAGGAGAAGAAGAUCGAAAAACCAGUCACAGGACAGGGGGCGGUGCAGCUAGACCACUUCUUUCGUCUUCGGUCUCUCCGCCUUCCUGUCGAUACAGCUGAACAAAUCCUCAGGUCUCCAGAGGAGACAUGCGACUCGUGGGCGUCUCUGAGCAUGCAUAUACCUCUCUGCCUGCACUCGAAUCCUAAAGAUAUCUUUAUACGCUCAAAAAAAAGAUGGCGAACGAGUCUUGCUCAAGGGGACAUGAAUGGAAACAGAGAGGAGAUUCAUAAGUUUCGCAAUGGAAUCAGAGUUGAGAAAGGCGAAGAGUCGCAUGCAGAAGAGAACCUGGUCCACCGACACCAGCCGAACGAAAAGGUGUACAGGGUGAGAAUAGAGCCCGAGGACAGCGACGAAGACAGGACUCGAAUGGAGUUGAACCUCAGGAGUUUUUCGCACGCGCUGAGAGAGCUCGCGGGAGAGCUUCCGUCUCCAAAGACAUCUGUGAGUCGCGGCGAGAAGCCGCACGCAGAAAAGGGGGGUCAAGAGGAAGAAGACGAGCAGAGGGAAUCGAGCUCUGCGACUCGGAACGAGGCUGUAGCGGGACGGAAGGACUAUUCAGACGAAGCAAACAGCGCAUGUGAUGGCCCAAACAGCAAAGCGCUGCUGCGUAUCAAGCCGACAAGUCAUAUGAGGCCCGAGACGCAGACUCGCACCUCGCAAGAGUCAUGGAUCCUUCGCUAUGGCUUCCGCGGGGCAAUGAGCCUCGACCAAACGCGACAGAACCAUUUUCAUCACCUUGUCGAGCCAGUGAGGACGGAGCAAAGGGGACAUUCUUGGCGACAGAGAGUCGCAGUGGCCUCUCCCUUGUCCGGAGCGCGUCGACUGGAGGUUUCGGGAAUUUUGGGCGCGCUCCGGAGUCCCUGCGCGUUCGAGGGGCGACUGUCUCCGAACACGGAGGUGUCUUCGCGGUCGUCGCCGUGCCGCACAUGCCUGGAGGGGACAAAGCAAGACCGCUCAGGCAGGGCAAUGGGGACACAGUUGGCCACGAGUACACGAACAGAGUCGUUUCGUCGAAGAGCAGAAAGUAGACGAGACAAAAGAGAAGACGAGGAGACAUGCGGAGAGAGGGAAGAAACGGAUGCCUGGGUUGAAAACGAGAAGGAUAAAGGGAAGAUGCGGGGAUUUGGUGCGGGGGACAACCGAGAUCAGGGACGGCAGAAUCUAGCCGGCUCAGGUGAAGAAGAAGGAACUGGUGGAGAGGAAACGCGAAGAGAUCGAAGAAGGGAUGUGUCGAUCUGUCGUUCCAACGCAAGUCAUGCCAAAACUUAUCUCCAGGCGACGAGUGAUUUUUUGUUGCUUUCUUCUUACGAGUCACUGUCGUCUUGUCUGUCAACCUUCGACUGCGCUCCAAGCACAGCAGGAGACAUAGGCGCACAGACACCAGGGAAAAACAGAGUGACAAGCAGAGGAGAUGGAGGGGCCGCCGUUCUCGACAGCUUAGACUGGCCUGUUGGCAGUGAGGAGGUUGCAUGCACCAGAGGCGAUGGAAGACAGAGGAAAGAAGGAACAGAAAACAAAAGCAGAGGAGAGCCUGGCGAGAGGGAAGGGGAUGAGGCGGAAGGUGACGGAGAGAGCAUGUCUGUGUUACUCGGUGAGCGACAGAGACAUUGUGCAUCUGAGAGGAGUGACGCGAGUGCUUCACCGGAAAAGAAACGCAGACUGCUGCCCCUUCCUGCUUUUCUGAGGUGAAAGAAAUUCAGAGAGUCAAAGGGCAGGGGUUUCCAUCAUUUCUACACAGAAACGACGAAAAAGAGAGAUGAGAAUGGAUUAGAUGAGAGGCAAAGUGCAAGGGGGUGUAGCCAGCAAAGUCUGCAGAUAAGAGACAGGUGGAGAGGAGUUGGAGCUGUGCGUGGAGAGCAGCACAGGAGGGUCGUAAGUGCGACGACAUUAUGGAGGGGGACAAUGGUAUAACGGGGGGACAGGUUAAGAGUGGGGUGACAAAGGGUCUUGAAAAAAUGUGGUGGCGUAUGCCGUGUGGAUAGAUGCCUAGGAGGAAGCAUCAACAGAGGCACGAUUUAGCGACCACAAACGCUGGUCAAGAUUUCAAACCGUAAACACGUUUUCGGGGUUUCUUUCAGAGAGACAGGGUCUCUUGGGUUUGAGUGUACCGGGAGAGACGAACCACAGGAUAGUGGGGGCGGUAGGAGCGAAGAAAAAGGCAGUUCGAGGAGACGACGGAGAGGGGGGAGCCAGAAAAAGGAGAAGAGAAUGAGAGCUGGGGAGAUAUGAGGAGACUGUGAACACACUGCACUUGCGAACUCCCAGAAAACGGUGGCUUGUCUCUGAGUUGUGUGUAAGUCACUUUCUCUGUGUUUACCAGGGUCGCCGCAUUCAUCCCUUUUUGC